GUUUGCCAACACUACCGGGCUGCGACAGCUGAUCGCGCCAACUGGACGCAGCCGGCUCCGCGUGAAUGGUGAAAUAAAAUUGGAGCCAAAAAUAAUAUUUUCUUCUUGAUUGUUAAGCCCCCGCCAUGACCAACAGCGGCUAAUCCGAUUUCCCGAAAAGGACGACACUUGUCCUCCGAAUACGUAGAAGCUUUAACCGUUUCAACACAUGUACGAGAUUCAACAUCCUGUCAUCAUCAACAACAACUACAACGUGGUGGACAUACUGCAUCCGGAGAAUAACGAAUUUGAUGGGCCGUCUGCGGCGCGAAAAAUGAUUAAUGGUUCAUUCUCGAUGUUCGUGAUCUUCUCGUAUCUGCAGCUGUUCUACAUCCUGGUGGCCGUCUAUCUGGCCCUGCAUCACGCACACCAUCGAAAUCUCUGAAGGAUCAUGUAUCACUUCGUAUCCGAACAAA